GACAUAGACAAGACGAACACUUUUUUCUCUACAAAAUAAAAACAAUAUUCGUUUCUUGUCUUCGAACUAAUGAAAAAUGGCAGAAAUGGAUUGACAUGACAACUUCGACUGCGAUUUUCGUAUUUUAUUUUUGGGUACAAUUAUUACUGCCUUUGUACUUUUUGGGUGUCCGUUGAGUUACUUUAUAAAGUAAAAAACUAAGAAAAGUGUAGUGAUAAGGAUAUAAUAUGGAACAGUUUUAGUGAAAAUGUUGCAACUUCUCGAAAAAUAGCUUUGGUAUGAUAACAAAAGGUAUAAAAAUUGUGUCUUGUCAUGUUGUAUUAUCUUUUUCAUCAUUAGUGUAGCAUUGAGGCUACAGAGUCAUGAACGUUCGAUGCAGUGAAUAUCUGGUGUAAUAUCAUCAUCUCUCGUCUGGUGCGGAUACACUUAACGGCAUAGCGGUGGGCCCCCGCUAGGAUGGGCGGCGAUGUCUGCCCCCUCCGAGAGCGCUACGAGCCCCUCACCGUGUGCAUGCACUAAUAUAUCGCUUAUGCAAUUAUUUCAUGAGCUAAAACAAAAGUUUCCUGGAGUCCCUGAUCAUGUUGUGUCCAACACAAUCGAAUUGUACUGCCACGACAAACAAGCUUGUGAGACCCACCUGCACAAAGAAGUCAAGGCCUCCCUAACACACGCAUAUCAUGCCUCCUCAUCGGCAGCAGCGCGACAACUCAAUGAGCUUAAACUCAAUCCACCUGGCAAAUGUCGCAAUCAGCCUAUAGUCAAGCAUGAGAUUUCAAAAUCAUCAGUGGUUAAGUCUGUCAUAUGCCAAGGUCCUCAGACUGCUGUAUUGAGCUCACUCGUUUCUACCAAUGAUAGUGAAAAGAAGAUCAACACUGAUGCCAACCAAAAUGUGGUUGAAGAAGUAAAAAAACCUGUACUGGAAACUGAUAACAACACAACACCAGUAACAGUCAUUAAUAUAGACAACUGUUAUGCAAAAUACAGUGCUGGAUCUCCAAGUGAUAUAGAAUUAACAAAUGAGAAUGUUAAAGGAGAUGAUAUACCAGUAAUUGUUUCACCACAACAGGAUAAAGUCGAUAACCUGGAACAACCAGAAAGCACAGGUUACAGGAUUCUCAAGAGCAACAAAAUCAAAAGUAAUUUAAAUGAAAAGCUAGAAAAGGGGAAAGAAAAGAAAACAGUCAAAAAAGAAGAAUCUACACAAAUCACACAAGAAAAGUGUAUAGAAGAGCCUCAAGAGAAACCUACAGAUGUGCCUCAACAAAAACCUAUAGAAGUGCCUCAGGAAAGACCAAAACGGCCCAACACGCUAGACUUUAUAAAACCAAAUCCAGAUAUUGCAUUUAAACAGACAUUAAAGGAACCAGAAGUAGAGCCAAAUAGAACAGUGUCACCUGUGCCGCCUAAAUAUGAGAGUCAAACUAGGCAGAUGAGUACACCUAACACACAAUUUAGGCCUGAGAGAGGAUAUCCUGUGAACUUGUCGGUCAACGUCAACUGUCAUAUGGACUUGAGUCGUUUUGAUAAUCCUUGGUUAGAAGAUUACGAUAGUCCAAGAGCAAUAACUUCGGUGAAUUUGACUGUUUGUACACCAACUUCGAGUAUGGCGAGUCCCGUGCGAGAGGUGGGCGAUGAGGAUGGUGGGUUCGAGGGGCACGUGACGGUGACAGUGAGCCCGAGCUCAGCGCGCGCGCCGCGCCGUCGCGCUCCGCCGCCGCCGGCCCCACACGUCCCGCCCGCCCCACACGUCCCGCCCGCCCCACACGCCUCACACGCCUCACACGCCCCGCAACCGCGCAUCGACUCACCCCGCCCUUCCAGGGCCGCUCCAGAACCACCGGGGUCUACAAAUAAUCGAUCCCACAUCGAGCGGCAGAAAGAGAGGCGCGAUCGGUUAGCAAAGGCUUUAGAAGAGGAAAAGAGACGUCUAGCUCAGCUGACAAAAGAGACGGAGAUACUUGCCGCGCCUCCGCCCGCACCAUCGGCAGCGCAGAGCCUCAAGGAAUACGUGGAAAGGCUGCGGAGUCAAUGUGAUACCUUGGCGAAGAGGCUUGAAAUGAGAGGCAGUGAUGUGGAAGAGCCAGACAACUUCUACAGCAACAUCUAUACAGGACAACGGCCGUCAGCAUAUUGGCAGUGCCAUAUGUGCACCUUCAGAAACUUCCCACUUCUGAACCGGUGUGAGGAAUGCGACAUGCCCCGGAUAUACGUAGUUCGGGAUGGAAUUACUGUGCGUGUAAUGCCGGGUCGACGGAAUAUAUCUCGAUCGUGGGUGUUAUGAGAUGCCCGGCAUCGAACGUGAUUGUAAUCUUAGUUUUCCAUUGGUUUUUACACGUGACGCUGCGUGGGCAAAUAUACUCACUGAGUAGAUAAAUGCCAAAUGAACUAAGAGAAAAAGUCACUCUACUCGCCCUAUCACUAUUGUAAUUUUAUGUAAAGAACGAGUCAAGAGGCUAUUUCACUUCUCUAGUAAUUUUUGGUAUGCAUAUUCUAAGAUUUACAAUAUAACAGAAUAACUUAUUUUGAGAAAAAACUCACACGUAGCGAUGCGCGUAAAGACACGUUGAAGAACAAGCUAUAACAUAGCUUAACUAUCUUAAGUGCAGUAGUAUGAUUUGAUCAAGCAAUCUGUGAUAUUCGCAUUUGGUAAUUAGAAUUAUUAAGUCUGAUUUUAUGUGUUGUUAAUGUUCUAUAAUUGUACACAUUCCAAAAAAACUGAUAAUCGAUUUAUUUUUGAAUAUUGCGUUCUGUUUCCUAUUCUCACUGAGUGCUGUACCAAAUGCGGAUAACUUUCAGUUAUUUACAUUUCUACGCUGCUGCACUUAAGGUGGAUAGGAAAAUAAAUAUAUAUUAUUAUUUAAUUAUAAUCGAAACUAAAAAUAAUAGUUACCGUCUAGAAGUAAGGCCAGAAAUCAAAAGCAGUUUAAUUGUAAAGAAAAAUAAAUAAUUCUGAAAUCGCACUAUUGUUGUGUGUCUUCUAUUUCUGCAUAUCGAACGAAAAUUUGCUGAUACCUAAGUGAAUCUAAUGAUGUUGAAGUAGGUAAAUCACGUAAGUUUCAAAAAGUACAAACAAAUUAAAAUAUAGUAAGUACAUACAUAAAUUUUUAAGCAAUCAGCUAUUUUUCAAAUUUCCUAAGCAUAUAGGGUGAUGAAAGCAAGUUUGCAAAAUCGAAAUUUUAAAUUAUUUAUACUUAUACUUAUUUACAUACUAUUGUGUCGUAUAAACAUAUUAAAAUAUGCUACGACACGAAAAUUUUAUAUUACUUUCUUGUAAUGUCAUAACAUCAUUAGUGUACAAAAAAUAAUUAUGUAGAAAAUCUGAUUCGCCGCAUUUAUUCGAUACCAUUUUAAUGAAAAAUAUAUCACUCAACUCGACACUGACAGAGUCAGUAGGUAAACUGAAUUUUAUAACGACCGAAUGAUAAAUAAUAUAAUAUUGUAUUUUAUCUAAAAAUAUUUACAAUGUACCAUAUGUUGCAGCUAAUCCUCGAAGUGCGGCUACAUCUUGAUUUAGCUGGUUAGACCUAGUUGCUGCCGAUCUCAGUCGAAUACCUACCUAUGUUAGGUAUUAGUGUUCUUGUCGGGUCAAAAAAGCGGGUUCACACUAUUUCUAUCGAUCAACAUAAUUUUAUAUUACGGCACCAAGAUCUAGCCGGGAUGAUAAAGGUUUAGCCGAAGAUAAGCACGAUACACUUAAACCUUAACCGACCAAGCACUUUGAGGUACAGCCAAACAUGCCAUAAUCUUAUUUAAUUAUUUCUUAUGGCCAUAAAAUAUUUUGCUAAAAAAGAAAUCGAAACUCCGUUUACAAGUUGUUUUAAGCGUUAUACAUAUACAUACCCUCAAAAAUCAAAUGAUAUCAUUUCGAAAAACAUGAAUUUCUGAAUAGUAUAUUUGUAUGGACCGUAUCGUCGUAUAUCAUUUACACAAAAUUAUUAGGAACAAAUUGAAUAGAAAAUUUUACUAAACUUAAAAAUAAAACAGCCCAACAAAGGCGCCCAAAAGGCCGGCAGCAUAGCCAAUUUGUACUGCAGGCCCUGGCCAAUGAAGAAAAAAAUCGAAAAAGCAUUCUUACUUUACUAUAUUGUUGUAAAACAUUUAUUUUAUAAACCAGUAUACUAAUGUAAUGUAACCUACUUAUAAAGUAUUCGACAGCUUCAAAAAAUCAUAGUAAUAACCGUAAAAUACAAAAUGGCUUUUUAAAUAUUAUUACGAAGCCGUGCAUGGAAUCUAGAUUUCUUGUAUCCCAUUUCUGACUUCUGACAAAACUCAACGGUCCCCAAUGAAAAUAAGUACACAAAUAUAUGUCUGGCUGCAUAGUUACCAGGAAAACUAGUAAUCAACACGAUAUUCAUGUAUAGUGACCAGCUGUUCACAAACUUUUUAAAGAUGAAACUAUUGGAAAGCUAACCAUUUGUCGGAGCCUUAAAAUAAAACUUAUUCUGAAUGGAAUUAAAGCGCUGUAAUCAGAAUCGAAUCAAUAUCGUUCAUAUUUUACUUUCAAUAACUUUGAAAAAUUAAUUAACUUAACCAUAUGACCAAUAAUUUUGUGGAGCCUCAACAGAUGGUUUGCUUUUGAGAACAUAACUGCUGGACUAAACUAUUAACAUAUUUCUUUAAAAUUAGUAAUAGGGUAAAUGAGAAGGUCAGAAAAUUGUAAAAAAUACGAAUGCUCUAGAUAAAAUAAGACAUCUAGAUCAUUGGUACAGGGCUCUGCCUUAAACAGUACAGACAUAUCACAAAUAUAGGCAUCUAAGUAAAAUGUUAAGUAAAUCCUGUAGCGUAAUAAGGCUUUUUAUCUAAAAACAUAGGUAUACCUACUUUUGAAAUUUUCGCAAAAUCUAAAUUAUUUGUAAAGUUAGGCACUUAUUAUGACUGUAUUAUGAUGUCUUUAUAAAUAAAUGAAAAUCAGGUGUAUUAUGCAAUAAUAAAAAAAAACAAUUUUAAAUCCAAUUUUAUUUCCAAAACUGAAAUCACUUAUAUCUAUCAGGUAUUUAUAUACUUUCAAAUAUUCUCAUGUUAGAUAUUCGUAAAUGCAAACUAAAAUAUUUUUGCUGUUAAAGGUCUUUAUUGAAAUAAACUUAAAAGCACAUUUUCAAACGAAUCACGUAAAAAAUGUGCUAUAUCGAGGGCUUUCAUAUGGAAAAUACUCAACAGGAUCGUAAGGUAUCCUUUGCCUAUAUCUGAGGCAAUCUAGUUUUUAUUGAAAUUCACUCUUGAGUUCCCCAACUAUUAUAAAAUUGUGUAUUGAUAUUGACUCAAAUUAACUAAAUCAAUACCACUUAUAUUUUAUUUUGCAAGCAUUAUAGAUUUUUACAUAUCUAUUUUUGGGCAAAACAAAAACUUGAUCUGUGAAUAUGUUUUUCAUAUUUUUUUAAAACACGAUAUCAAUGAACAAAACACUGUGAUUUCUAGUCGAAGCUCAUAACUUCCUUAUUGUAUGUAUUAAGUAAUAAGCAUUUCUAUAUAUGAAACUUGUGCUCACUAUGUCACAUACAACUUACGAUUUAUAGAGAAUUUUUUUAUUAAUUCAUCAAAUUGUUGUAUUUUUUAAAUUCAUGGAAAAAAAUUUGGAUUAUUUUAUGUAGUUAUUUCCUUACUCUGGUGAUUUUUUUUUUGUAUGAGCUAUAAUACAAAGACAAUGGAAAUUUAAAUUCUCCAGGUCCAUAAAAGAUUUACAUAACUUUCCCACCUCUUAUCCAGUUGUGGAUACCGUGGCAACGACCAAGUUCCCGAUUCGGCUAUUCUAUGCACCAUAUAUUACAUUAUAUCUUAGGACUUGGUAAAUCCAGAUUUAACAGUGAAAAUUUUUAAUUUUUGUGUUUUGUUUCUAUUCAUGUAAGUUGUUUGCGACUAUUGUAAAUAUAUUACACAGUAAUUAUGAACAAUGCCUUUUUUAUUUGAAUCAAAAUUAUACAAUAUACUGGUGCAAGUUAAAUUAAUGAAUAACAUAACUCAAUUGUUGCACUUAUAAUCUUAUUUGUACAAUUUUGUAUUCAAUGCUUUUAUAGUUGGUAUCCAUUAUUGUAAAAAAUGUGGUAUGUAAUAUUUUUAUUUAAUCAGCACAUUUAUCAAAAUAAACUUGUUACUGAAAUUUGUUGAAA